GUGCCAACCUACCAUCUCUACUGGAUCAGCCUAGGUCAAAUAAACUGAAAAAUUAAAAUAUACAGUUUCUGAAAGUUGGCAAUGCUUUUACCAUAAAACCAUAAUAAAUUUUUGCAAAUCUGCCCGGUUUAUGAUAUUUGUGUGUAAUUUUUUGAUAAACUCUUCUUUAUCUAUUAAAAUUGACAGUAAUAUUAACACCUAGUAAAAAUGCUUAUCAAAGUAAAGACAUUGACUGGAAAGGAAAUUGAAAUUGACAUAGAACCUACUGAUAAAGUUGAAAGGAUUAAAGAGAGAGUUGAAGAGAAAGAAGGUAUUCCUCCUGCUCAACAAAGGCUGAUUUUUAGUGGCAAACAAAUGAGUGAUGACAAAACAGCAGCAGACUAUAAAGUCACUGGUGGUUCUGUUUUACAUUUAGUUUUAGCCCUAAGAGGUGGACACAUAUGUGUGCAAAACUAUAUCUAGUUACCAUGGAUUAUGCUUAAUAAAUUAUUCUGGAACUUGCCUUUUGUUUGCCCCUCUUUCAUGCUCAGUUUUGCAUUGUCAGUAUCUGAAGCUGAAUUCAAGCAAUUGGCUUUUUAUGUUAAUUUGUUUUGUCAUUUCCUCGUGAAAUUUCCAUGUAUGUUUGUUAUAACUUUCUUAAUAUAAUGUAAUAAAUUGAAAAUGUUUAAUUUUA